GCCCCUUUUCCUUUGAGGAGGUGUCCAUCUGUUUCACCCCAGCAGAAUGGGACAUGCUGGAUCCGGGCCAGAAAACUCUCUACAGGGAAGUCAUGCAGGAGAACUAUCUGAGCGUAAUCUCUCUGGGCAAACUCUGGAGGCUGGAGAGUUUCGCAAGGGGAUCCCAAGAACAGAUUUCCUUCCCAAAUGAGCUGGCUGAGACAGGGGAUGAUCAGAGAAACGAGGAGGGCGAGGAAUUUGAGCAGCAGCUGCCAGAUCGAGUUCAAGACUUGAAAGAAAACAGUAGAAAUCGAGGCAGACCUAAGAGAAAAGAAGGCAGCAGUAUGGAUGAGAAGAGAGAAGGAAAAAGUUUUAAUGUACAUUUUCCAAAGAAGAGAAUAAUUAAGACAUGUACAUCCACUCAGUGUAGCAAGUACUUCAGAAAUAGAUCACAGCUCCUAGUGCACCAAAGAGUACACAGAGGCAAGAAACAUUUUGAAUGUUCAAACCAUGGAAAAAGAUUCAGUCACAGUAGCACUCUAAAACUGCAUCAGAGAACCCAAACAAGGGAGAAACCUUUUGAAUGUUUGGACUGUGGGAAGAGAUUCAGUCACAGUGGCCAUCUUCAACGGCAUCAGAGAACUCACACAUGGGAGAAAGCUUUUGAAUGCUCAGAGUGUGGAAAGAGAUUCAGUCAGAGCGGCAAUCUUCAACGGCAUCAGAGAACGCACACAGGGGAGAAACCUUUUGAAUGCUCAGAGUGUGGAAAGAGAUUCAGUUGCAGUGGCCUUCUUCAACGGCAUCAGAGAACUCACACAGGGGAGAAACCUUUUGAAUGCUCAGAGUGUGGGAAGAGAUUCAGUCAUAGUAGCAAUCUUCAACGGCAUCAGAGAACUCACACAGGGGAUAAACCUUUUGAAUGCUCAGAAUGUGGGAGGAGAUUCAGUCAUAGUAGCAAUCUUCAACUGCAUCAGAGGACCCACACAAGGGAGAAACCUUUUGAAUGUUCAGAAUGUGGAAAAAAUUUUAGUGUGAGAGGCACUCUAAAACAGCAUCAGAGAACGCACACAGGGGAGAAACCUUUUGAAUGCUCAGAGUGUGGAAAGAGAUUCAGUUGGAGUGGCCAUCUUCAACAGCAUCAGAGAACUCACACAGGGGAGAAACCUUUUGAAUGCUCAGAGUGUGGAAAGAGAUUUAGUAAUAGUAGCCAUCUUCAUCUGCAUCAGAGAACCCACACAGGGGAGAAACCUUUUGAAUGUUCAGAAUGUGGAAAAAAAUUUAGUGAGAGAGGCACUCUAAAACGGCAUCAGAGAACCCACACAGGGGAGAAACCUUUUAAAUGCUCAGAGUGUGGAAAGAGAUUUAGUAAUAGUAGCCAUCUUCAUCUGCAUCAGAGAACCCACACAGGGGAGAAACCUUUUGAAUGUUCAGAAUGUGGAAAAAAAAUUAGUGACAGAGGUACUCUAAAACAGCAUCAGAGAAUGCACACAGGGGAGAAACCUUUUGAAUGCUCAGAGUGUGGAAAGAGAUUCAGUCGGAGUGACCAUCUUCAACAGCAUCACAGAACUCACACAGGGGAGAAACCUUUUGAAUGCUCAGAGUGUGGAAGGAGAUUCAGUCAGAUUAGCCAUCUUCAAGUGCACCAGAGAACCCACACAGGGAAGAAACCUUUUGAAUGUUCAGAGUGUGGAAAAAGAUUCAGUCACAGUGGCACUCUAAAACUACAUCAGAGAACCCACACAGGGGAGAAACCUUUUGAAUGCUCAGAGUGUGGGAAGAGAUUCAGUUUCAGUCGUAGUCUUCAACGGCAUCAGAGAACCCACACGGGGAAAAUCUUUUAAAUGCUCAGAGUUUGGAAAGAGAUUCAGUCGGAGUGGCCAUUUUCAACGGCAUCAGAGGACCCGCACGUGAGAAACCUUUUGAAUGCUGAGAGUGUGGAAAGUGAUUAAGUUGGAGUGGCCAUCUUGAACUGCAUCAAAGAAUCCACACUGGGGAAAUCUUUUACAUGCUCAGAUUGUGGAAAGAGAUUCAGUUGGAGUGGCUCUCUUCAGCUGCACCAGAGAACCCACAUGGGGAAAACUUCUUUGAAUGCAAAGAGAUUCACUUGGCGUGGAUAUCUUCAACAGCAUCUUAAGAAUCCACACAAGGAGAAACUGUGUAACGGCUUAGCCUAUCAAAAGAGCUUUUCUAGAAAGCUUAAAUGUACACAGAAAUUUUACGCUAAACAGGAUGGUAUGUUAAAAAUGGUCAGACUAUGGCAGGAGAUUUAGCCAUGUUUGGAGACCUCAAACACAUCCCACUGUCCCACAUGCUGUUAAAGGGACACCACUUUUUACCUCCAGGCAGUUGGCAACGCUAGAUUAAGCGUUUCUUUAUGUAUCAGAGGACUGCUAAGGAAAAGUCAGAGCUCAUUAAAGAGAUUAUUAUUUGUUGCUAGUAAAUCAGACUUUGUGAAUUCAGAAACCCCAGAUGGGGUAAAAUCUCACAGCUCAGCUAUUAUGGGAGCUUAUAUGGAGCAUAUCUAGGAUUCCCAUUCUACAACCUCUCCACUGUUAUUGGGCUCAAUAUAAAGUGUUGGCUAUUACCCAGAAAGCCCUUCCUGGCCUUGGACACUUGUAAUUGCCAGACUGCCUCUCCCACUCUGUGCCCCCACAACAGCUCCGCUCCUCUGGGUGAGGUCGUCCGCAGCUGCCAGCCUGCAAAUGGGCAAAAUCAGCAACUGCACAUACAGCUGUUGCAGAGCGGCCUGCCGAAGGUCAAGAAACUAUUGAAAACUGAGUGGAUCAAGAGAGCUUUUCUACCCGGGCAGGAGACUCCCAAAUGUCUAAAAUGACUCACAAAGUUAACUUGGAGAAAAUAUUAGGGACUGUGGUCUGUGCUACUGUGUUUAGGGCAGUGAACCUAGGAUCCUACGAAGCAAAUCUUGUAUCAUAUAUUAUUUAAUGUGUCAUCUUAAGACCAAGCCUUUGCUUCAGCUGUGAUUUUAGAUUUCUGAUUGGUUCUACAACCCUAAUCCCUUUGUGUUGUUCAUGGAAUGCUCCUUCUUGUUCAUUAUUUGGACUCACAUCUGUUAGACCUCUCCAAGAGGCCUGCCAUUCAAAAUCCCUGGCAGAGGAGCAGACCUCCUGAAACGUUCUUCAAUAAACAUCCUGAUUUGGCUAUAGAUUAGGAUUUACUUUGGGCCCCAGAUUUGGAAUUCUUUGGGAAAAUUUCUUUUUGCCGAAUAGAAUUAAUUAUAGGCUAUUUCUCAGUUCUUAAUAUCUAGUAUAUUGUGUACUGUUUUGGUAAAUUGUUUAUGCAUUGAAUUGUAUAAAUUGGAUCUUUGUAUUUAGAUUUGUAUUUUUAUUACAUUUUCCCUUGUAUUGGAUUAGAUUUAAUUUUUUUUUUUUU